GCCUACACUCAGUAACACUCAGCAUACAUAGCAGUGACAGUCCUAGUGCACAUAGAAAUACCAUGGACAGAGCAAGCAGAGAACGCUGCUGGUCAGGCAGAGACGCAUUCUUCGCCUGCCUAGAUGCAAACGGCAUCGUCGACCCGCUCAAGAAGAAGCAGGAAACAGACACACAUUGUAAGCCGGAAAAGACACGCUUCGAAGACGGAUGUGUCGCCACCUGGGUCGAGUACUUUUGCAAGAAGCGCGUCCUCGAGAUACAGAGGGAGAAUAUGAUCAAGCAGGCACAGGCAGACGGCGCAGUCCUGCUGACCAAAGACGACGUCCGGCAUCCGGGCGGCCGAGGCGACAGUACCUAAAGCAAGCACAGCAGCACUACAUAGCAUGACCAAAACCUGCAUGAAUAUACGACCGUUCAUUACUGUUCUACUAUGC